GUAUCCUGCAGCGAGCGGUUCCAGGAGCUCUUCGCGAGGUCUGAGCGCCUGUCCAGUAAGCGAAGGACCGUCGCUCUCUACCUGCCGGUUCUGACUGGCAAUUUCGCAUGUUAUUCUUUUAAGCUGAUCUGAGAAAGCUCACUUGUUCGAGGGAUGAUGGCGUUUGAGCAGAUACCAAAAAAGGAUUGGUACAGCAUUCUGGGGGCAGACCCAUCUGCAAGUGUGUCAGACCUAAAACAGAAGUAUCAAAAACUCAUAUUAAUGUAUCAUCCAGAUAAACAAAGUGCAGAUGUGCCAGCAGGAACAGUGGAGGAAUGUAUACAGAAGUUCAUCGAAAUUGAUCAGGCAUGGAAAAUUCUAGGGAAUGAAGAGACAAAAAAAGAGUAUGACCUGCAGCAGCACGAAGAUGAUCUAAGAAAUAUGGGACCAGUAGAUGCUCGAGUAUAUCUUGAAGAAAUGUCUUGGAAUGAAGAUGACCAUUCUUUUUCUCUGAGUUGUCGAUGUGGUGGAAAAUACCGUGUUUCCAAGGAUGAAGUAGAAGAAGUUACACUGAUUUCUUGUGAUACAUGUUCACUAAUUAUAGAACUCCUUCAUUAUGGCUGAGAUUGUUCACUAAGUGGAAUUCUUUAGUGUAUUCAGACACAUGGAGGAGAGUCUACUCCACCACUGUCCAUUCAAGCAGCUGUAUAAAGGUGAUAAAAAAAAAAAAGGAUUCUUUUUUGUCAGCUCUAUUUGCAGAGAGAAGUAUAAGACUGUCAAAGGCCACCUAGAUUAAUAGCAAAUUAAUUUCACUGUUCAUAUGUAUUUACAGAUUGCCAACAAAGGGGGCUUGAAUUAAAAAUUAUAUUUAGUGAAUUCCCAUCUAAGAACUUGAUUAUUGGUGCAUUUUCCCCUUGGUACAAAAUACAAGACUUUUCCUUUCCUUCAUGUCUCCUCAGAAAGAACACCAUAGCAUGUUUAUAUAUUUAAAAAAAAAAGUCUCUUUUAACAGAGAUAUUAUAUUCCUUUAUAGUUGCUAAGUUUUUGAAAUAACAUGAUAUUUCUAGCUGCUAAAGUUAUAGGCCUUCUGUACAACUAUGUCAUAUCUCAGGUCAUUAGAAUUAAGUUAGAAUCUUUGUGAAUAGCAUGUGAGCCUAGCUCUCGCAUGAUGAAGGCUGCAUAUGGAUAUUCAUGAGGUUAUUUCGAAGUUAGUGACGAGAAAUGUUAGCUGUAGAAGGAAGGAGAGCCUUGGAUUCAGAAAACGUGACCAUCGCAUUGCUGGUAUGAUGAAAGGGACUUUUUUAAUGUGUCGUUAUUGAUUAUAGUAGACUGUAAAGAUUUUAUUUUUCUAUAUAUUUAAAAUUCUCUGUACAGUAUGAGUCACAACUCAUUUAAAAAAUUUUAAGGAAUCCAGUAUGGGAUCACUGAAACUUUCUUCCUUAAUUUCAAAUGAGUGAGCCAAGCAUGUGACUUAGCAACUUUUUAUUAAGUCAAACUCUUGGUAUUUAUUAUUGGUUUGGACUUGUAAGACUAGUUACCACUCUGCCUUGUAAAUGUAGCUAAAGUAUGAGGCAUAUUCAAGAGGAGUAAAUUACUUUCAUUAUUCCAAUGCAACCAAAAAUUUAAAAGUGAGGUUGUCCCACAGUUUCCCUAAAAAUAUUUUUAUAUCGUAAAAUUUUGAUGACUUAUUUUGGAUUAAAUUUCUAUCCAUAUAUUUUGAACAAAUAUAACUUGC